GAAGCAUAGAUUGCAAUGCAGCUAUAAAACAAGAUAAGUUAAAUAAAAUGUAUCAGACCUUUACGGUCAUUUUGACUUAGCGUGUGCGUACAGUCCUUUCGCGGGUGCACUUGUAAGUAAACUUGACAAGAGGUUCUUCCGCCUCGCUAAUUAAUGUUCGAUUAAACGCUCUAUCGCAAACUGCAUGAUACUGAUCUAGCUUUAAUUGUGUCAGAUUGUGUGGCGUAUUUGAGUUCGCCAAUAAAUUUCCAAGGUUGUAGAGAUUCAAAACCAAAAUAUUGCAUUAUUUGUGCACGAAUUUCAAUCGCUUUAUCUAAUUGUACAAAAUGCCGACGCUUCAAAUUAACACUAAUGUAACAGUGGACAAAAUUCCCAAAGAGUUCAAUCGGGAGGUCACAGACUUCUUAUCAAGCUUGAUGGAAAUGGAUCCCAAAUUCUUCACUGUAUUUGUGAAUGCUGGUCAACUGAUCACAAAUGGUGGUACUCAUGAACCAUGUGGAUUUGCAUCGUUGUGGUUUAUUGGGUCAUUUUUUGGAAACGUGAGCGAGAAGCACAACAAAGCUUUGUUCGAUUUCGUGCAGCAAAAACUUGGAAUUGCUCCGAAUCGUUUUGCCAUCUUCUAUCACGAUAUGCCUCCAGCUGCAGUUGGCUACGAUGGCAAAACAUUUGCUGGAACUCCUCGACCAUCAUGAAAGAAUAAUUUUGUCUUAUGCAUUUUACCAUUAAUGAUUUGAGAAUUUAAUGGAAAAGAUUUAUAAAAUGCUCUCUAGCUAUAUACAUAUAUACAA